GUGUGUGUGAGUGAGUCUCUCUCUGUGUGUGUGUGUGUGUCGUUAGUGUUUCAGUAGGUGGGUCGUGUGUAUGUACAGGUGGAGCUCGAGGAGCCACUUCCUGUCACAGAGCAGAUCUCGAUCUUCACUGAAGUCUCACACACACACACUCGUGCGUCUCGAACCUGCGGCCCAUCAGACGACAGACAGACAAACAGACGGAGGGAUAAAGAUGGCAUGGAGAGGAGCGUCAGCCGUGGUCAUCCUGCUGUCCAUCACACCUGUGUCAGCUUUUUCGUUUUACGACCCUAAUCUCUGUUAUAUCCUGGAUGCGCUUUUUCUGCUGUACGGCAUCAUCAUCACUGCCUUCUUCGUGCGCGAGCGAUGCAUCAAGAAGAAAAGCAAAGGGGAUCAAGACUCCCUGUAUCAGCCCAUUGACAAGAGAGGCCAGUCGGCGUAUGACGUCCUGCGCGGGGCUGAGGAGGGUCCAGCCAGAGGGGGCCGCAAGCGAGGAGACGACACUUACACGCCUCUGCAGAAAAAGAGUGACGAAACGUACCGAGAGAUCGAGACGAAGCCAGGCCAGCGCCGCCGCACUGAUCAGGUUUAUCAGGGCUUGAGCUCCAUGACUAAAGACACGUAUGAUUCUCUGCACAUGCAGCAGAUCCACCCGCCGCCGCGCUAAACACUGAUGCUCCACCGUCAGCAUCUCAGUCCACAUUCAUUAUUCAUUCCUGCUCUUGCUUCGUAAGCCUUCCAGGUGUUUCUUUUCCUACAGACUCCGGAGAUUAUUCAGUGUUUUCACAGUGACUGUGCUCAGCGUUUCUCCACUUUGUGAAUUAUAGACUUUCAUAAUGAGCUCACAUCACACAUGUACAGUAGAGUCAGAAGAAAAAUCGAUAUUAAACCGAACCUGAUUGAAGAACGAACGCUUAACUCUCUGGUCUUGUUCAGUCGGGAGUCACACUUGUGUUGUUCGCCAGUCAAAACAGACCGGAGGUCAUAAUCGUGUGCAAAUUUUAUUUUUUGCGAAGAUUUCAUUUCAAUAAUGAUUUUCUUUAAUAUUUAGCAU